GAUUGACCCAGCUCUCAGCCGGCGGAAGAUUACAUGCGAGACCCCGCGCGAUCCCGCUUCCCUUUGUCGGGACAGCCUGCGAGACUUCGCCCCGAGCCCCACGCGUGAGGGCGACAUGAACGCGCUGGCUUUGCGACCAGGCCGGACCCGCGACCGCUUCUGUCAACCCGAGCCAGCCCUCCUGCCCCCGGGGUGACGUGCAGCCCGCCGCCCAAACACAUGGCCCCAAGCCCAAGACCCCAACAUACCCUGCCCUGGAGGGAUGUUCACUCCUUCCACCUCCUGUCUCCACUGAUGGGCUUCCUCAGCCGGGCCUGGAGCCGCCUGAGGGGCCCGGAAGUCCCAGAGCCCUGGCUGGCACUAACAGGAGCAGAUCAGAGAGAGGCCAGCUCUCCGCUGACAUCUCCCCUUGUCUCCGGGAACCACCUCCCUCAGGGGGAGGCUGAAGAGAGUGGGGAAGCUGAAGGCAGUGUAGCAGCCCAGGGGCCCUGCCUUGAUGUGGAAGACACCAGUUCCCCUCCCGAAACUUGGGGACUUUCAAAGAGUGACAACCAUGAAAAGCGACAUCCAGCUGGCCUGCCUGUACUCCAUCCCCCUGGCCUGCAGGGAGCUGAUAAGAGCCUUGGGGGGGUGGUGGCUAAAGAAGAGGGAGUGACUGAGCUGCCUUAUCCCACAUCACACCCGGAGGGUUGUCCAGCCGAGGAUGAGGAGGAUGGAGAAACUGUGAAGAAGGCUUUCCAAGCCUCUGCUGCUUACUUGCCUCCAGGAUACAAACCCAGAACUUCUUCCUGUUGCCCAGGGGAGGCAGAACAGCGAGCCACGGAGGAAAAAGGAACAGAAAAUAAAGCUGACCCCCCCAACUCUCCUCCUUCAGGUGCCAACUCCAGAGCCUGGGAAGACUGCUUGAGAGAGGCUCCUAAGCAGCAAGGGCAAGCCAACCCAGAGCCACACAGGACAGGGCAGGGUCAGCCUCAUCAGAAUGAAGAGGGAAAAGCUGAGGCCUCAUCCUUGGCUGUCUGUGCUGGGAAUGCCCUCCUGAAGGCCUGGGGGCACCCCCCAGGAGAGGACACAGAGGAAGAUGACAGUGACUGGGGACCAGCUGAGGAAGAUGGCACCCAGAGCCACGCCACCCCGCAUACAAGUGCCCUCCUGAAGGCCUGGGUGUAUCGUCCGGGAGAGGACACAGAGGAAGAUGACAGCGACUGGGGACCUACUGAGGACGACGGAGACCAGAGCCAUGCUGCCCCGCAUGCAAGUGCCCUCCUGAAGGCCUGGGUGUAUCGUCCAGGAGAGGACACAGAGGAAGACAGUGAUUUGGAAUCAGCAGACCAGACCUGUGCCACCCCACAUACAAGUGCCCUCCUGAAGGCCUGGGUGUAUCAUCCGGGAGAGGACACAGAGGAAGAUGACAGCGACUGGGGACCGACUGAGGAGGACGGAGACCAGAGCCAUGCUGCCCUGCAUGCAAGUGCCCUCCUGAAGGCCUGGGUGUAUCACCCAGGAGAGGACACAGAGGAGGAGGAGGAGGACAAUGAGAGUGUGGUCCCAGAUGAUUCAGGAACAGCUGACUCAGGCAGGAGCCCCUACCUUCAGGCCCAGCACUGUCUACCAGGAGAAAAGACACAAAGAUGUGAGGGAGGAGAGCACUCUCCCUUCCAGGUGGCCUUCUAUUUACCUGGAGAGACGCCACCACCACCUUGGGCUGCUCCUAAGCUGCCCCUUCGACUGCAAAGGAGACUCAGUGUGUUCAAGGCACCCACCCGGGAUCAGGACCCCGAGACUCCUCUGAAGGCCCGAAAGGUACAUUUCUCCGAGAAAAUCACGGUCCACUUCCUUGCUGUCUGGGCAGGGCCAGCCCAGGCUGCCCGUCGUGGUCCUUGGGAGCAGCUCGCACGAGAUCGAAGCCGCUUUGCCCGCCGCAUUGCCCAGGCAGAGGAGAAACUGGGUCCUUACCUUACUCCCGCCUUUCGGGCCAGAGCGUGGGCACGCCUUAGAAACACGCCCCUUCCUCUGGCCCUCUCACCUCCUCCACCGCAGCGGCCUUGCUCCUCCCCUGGGGCCACGCCCUCCCCCCUUCCCCUUGAAGCCUCCCCUCCCAGUAGUCUGGACCUCGGUGGGAGGCGUGGCUAAGUCCAAGUCCUGUCCUGUUAUUUAUUUAUUUUUAAUAAGAAAUAAAGCCUUUUGAUUUGUAGUGA